AUGCACAGUGGAGAGAAGUCUUUUAAAUGUAAUAUAUGUGAGAAGGCCUUUAGCAAGAGUGCAAACCUUACUGUACAUAAGAGGAUUCAUUCAGAAAAGAAACUUUACAAAUGUAAUCAGUGUGGAAAGACUUUUGGGAAGCUUUCCAACCUUGAUGUACAUCAACGGAUUCAUUUUGGAGAAAAGCCCUUUAAAUGUACUGACUGUGGAAAGGCCUUUAUCCAGAGCUCAUCCCUCAUUGCACAUCAGAGGAUUCAUUCUGGAGAGAGACCUUAUAUAUGCAAUCAGUGUGGAAAGGCUUUCAGAAACCACUCCAACCUUGCUGUACAUCAGAGGAUUCAUACUGGAGAGAAGCCCUACAAAUGUUAUGAAUGUGGGAAGGCCUUCAGCCAGAGCAGACACCUUCAUAGACAUGAGAAUAUUCAUACUGGAGAAAAGUCCUAUAAAUGUAAUGAAUGUGGGAAAGUUCUCAGCCAGAGCUCAUCCCUCAUUGCACACCAGAGGAUUCAUUCUGGAGAGAAACCUUACAAAUGUAGUCAGUGUGGAAAGGCUUUUAGAAAGCUCUCCAACCUUGUUGUACAUCAGAGGAUUCAUACUGGAGAGAAGCCCUACAAAUGUUCUGAAUGUGGGAAGAGCUUCAGCCAGAGUAGAGACCUUGUUCGACACCAAAGGAUUCAUACUGGAGAAAAGCCUUAUAAAUGUAAUGAAUGUGAGAAGGCCUUCAAUCAGAGUAGGGACCUUUUUCAACACCUGAGGACUCAUACUGGAGAAAAACCCUAUAAGUGUAAUAAAUGUGGGAAGACCUUUAGUCAGAGUGCAAACCUUAGUGUACACCAGAGAAUUCAUACUGGAGAAAAGCACUAUAAAUGUAAUGAAUGUGGGAGGGCCUUCAGCCAGAAGUCAUCCCUUAUUGCACAUCAGAGAAUUCAUUCUGGAGAGAAACCUUAUAAAUGUGACCAAUGUGGAAAGGCUUUCAGAAAACCAUCCAAUCUUGCUGUACAUCAGAGGAUUCAUACUGGAGAAAAGCCCUACAAAUGUAGUGAAUGUGGGAAGGCCUUCAGCCAGAGUAGGCACCUUCUUAGUCAUCAGAAUAUUCAUAUUGAAGAGAAGCCUUAUAAAUGUAAUGUAUGUGGAAGGGCCUUCAACCAGAGUUUAUCUCUUAGUGCACAUCAGAGAGUUCAUUCUGGAGAGAAACCUUAUAAAUGUAGUCAAUGUGGAAAGGCUUUCAGAAAGCCUUCCCACCUUGAUGUACAUCAGAAGAUUCAUACUGGAGAGAAGCCUUACAAAUGUAAUGAAUGUGAGAAGUCCUUUACCCAGAGUAGGGACCUUCUUCGACAUCAGAGGAUUCAUACUGGAGAGAAGCCCUACAAAUGUAACAUGUGUGGAAAGGCCUUCAGCCAGAGUAGGGACCUGAUUCGACACCAGAGGAUUCAUACCGGAGAGAAGCCCUAUGCUUGCAGUAAAUGUGGGAAGGCCUUCAGCCAGAGUGCCAACCUCAGUGUACAUCAGAGAAUUCAUACUGGGGAGAAGCCCUACAAAUGUAAUGAGUGUGAGAAGGCCUUCAGCCAAAGGUCAUCCCUUGUUGCACACCAGAGGAUUCAUUCUGGAGAGAAACCUUACAAAUGUAAUCAAUGUGGAAAGGCUUUCAGAAAGCCCUCUAACAUUGCUGUACAUCAGAGGAUCCAUACUGGUGAGAAGCAUUAUAAUUGUAAUGAUUGUGGGAAGGCCUUCAGUCAGAGUAGAGAUCUUCUUAGGCAUCAGAAUGCACAUACUGGAAAGAAACCUUACAAAUGUAAUAAAUGUGAAAAUGCUUUUAGAAAGCCCUCCAAAUUUGCUUGAUAUGGAAGUGUUCAAACUGGAAAGAGCCUUAGGCUAGUGUUGUCUGUGGACCCCUGGGGGUGCCUGAGGCCUUUUCAGGGAGUUGAUGACGUCAGCACUAUUUUUAUAAUAUUUAUAUAAGCCAUAUAAUUGGUACACAUUUUGUUUCUUUUUGUAAUUUUCUAUUUUGACCAUAAACAGCACAAAAUUGCAUUUCUGUAUAUGUAGCCAAGCACAAAUUAGAUUCUCUAUGAAAUCAGUUGGAGAAGGAAAAGGCAAGUCACUUCAAUAUCUUUGCCAAGAAAACCUCA